GGCAACGCUGUCCGUCACUGGUGCACUGAGUUGUCAGCUGGGCAGUCAAAGUAACGCAUCUCAAUCGUUGUCCCACGAUAAAUUGUAUCUAUCUCUCCCGAAAUGUCAAAUUUUACGAAGUGGCAUUUUGUGCUAAUUGUUAUCUCUUGCGUGUCAAUCGGCCACGCCCUGGAGUGUUAUGUUUGCACAGAUCAGGAGGGCAAUCGAGAUAAAUGCUUGAACACCAUCAAAACCUGUGAACAGGGGCAGGAUGUAUGCCUGACAGAGAUUAAAUGGGGCAGUACACCAUAUUGGUCUCAGGGUGCAAAGAAACAAUUUUAUGUCUCUAAAAGAUGUGCUACUAAAAGAGAAUGCGAAAGGCUGCAGCGUAAUAAUAUGCCCGACUGCACUCAUAUCUGGUAUCAGGACUGGAAGUGUUCCUCUUGCUGUCAAGGUGAUAGAUGUAAUUACUAUGUUAUUUCUAGUGGAAACAAAAGAAAAACACAUAAUGGUAUAUUUGCCAUAACAUUCUUGAUCUCCUUCUUGGGCACAUUGAGAUAUCAAUGACUGACAUUCUGCAUUAACUGACAUUUUAGUGGACUGACAAAUCAAUUGAUUGAAUCUCAUCACUGCAGACAGAACAUGUAAAGAUUCUCUUUUUUUAAAUGUAGUAACUAAUACAAGAUAAUUUUAUAGA